UUUACCAAAACUGAAUAUUAAUUGAGAUAGAGAAACGGGGCCCUGUUGGUCUUAAGUCGGGGCAGCAAGAGAGAUUAAGUCGAAUGGACUUAGCUCCCUGCAUGUCUUUGCAAAACCCAAAACACCCGUGGUCUGUUUUCUGCCCCCACACACCACAUGACUCUGUUUCUCUCUACCUCUCUUAAGUCUUUGGAUCUCUCUCUAGAGCUCUCUCCAUAAAUACCCGCAUCAUCCCCUCAUUCCCUUCUCAUCACCACUUCUCACAUUCUCUUCUAUCCAUCAACACAUCCUCCCAACUACUACUACAACCACAAGCUUCCUCUCAGUUUUAAAGAAAAUGGCAAUCAGCAGGAAAUCAAACAGCAAACUAACACAAGCAGCGGUGAUAAAACAAAUUCUAAAGAGAUGUUCAAGUUUGGGAAAGAAACAAUCUGGAGGUUAUGAUGAUUCCGAAGGUUUACCAAUUGAUGUACCAAAAGGUCAUUUUGCUGUUUAUGUUGGUGAGAAAAGAAGUAGAUUCAUUGUUCCCAUUUCUUUCUUGAGUCAUCCUGAAUUCCAGAUUUUACUUCAAAGAGCUGAGGAAGAAUUCGGUUUUGAUCAUGAAAUGGGUCUUACUAUUCCUUGUGAAGAAGUUGUGUUUCGAUCUUUAACAUCUAUGAUGCUCCAUAGAUGAGAUGAUUACUUGUUAAAGUCCAUGCAUUCUUGGUUGUUCUUGUUUUUGGAGGAGGAGAGGUUGUUUAUGAUGAAGAAGAAGAAGACUCUAGCUGAUGAUGAUAAAUUCUGAUCACAAUCCUCAACAAAACUUCAUCAAACUUAUUGUUACUUCUCCUCCACCUUAGCCUCUUAGCUAGAUAGCUCUCUAGCUUCCUUUUUACCCCUUCCAUAUGGGGUUCUUCUUAAUUAAUUAAGAUUUUUUGUUCAUCUGGGUUGUAAUGACUUUGAUUAAGAUUUUAAGCUUGUAUAUUUUCCUUGCCGUGGUGCUUGUUUGUACCCUGUAAGUGAUAACUGAUGAUAAUGAUAAUUAUUUUUAAGUAAAUUA